AUGGAAGCGAUUGCGUACGGUGACCAAACCAUGAGGUUUAACCGUUUGCUUCGCGUAGGAGAAUGUUAUGACUUCAUGAGAGUUGGCUUCGCGCCUACUCAUGUUGGUCCUUUGGGCUAUAUCUUCCGUUUAUGUGCCGACUACUUUGUGGUUCUAUCUCCACAAAGUAUGGCUAAUGCACCACCGAGAGAGCUAUGGAUUUGUCAGUGUCCUCGUAUCUUUAUGGAAUUCGAGGAUGUAUACGCUCAAGCUGAGUACUUUUUUGCAGGUACCACUGCAUCAUAA